AACAUUUGAUUAAUAAAAGUUUGUUAUGAAUUUUUAAAUUUUUUCCUAUUUAAAUCUGAAAAUAAUUACAGAAUUUCAAGAUGACGGCCGUAACGAAAAAUUGCAAGAGUUACGUCAUAAUUAAAAAAUGGCGAUCAUGUCGUUCUUAUUGUCAAGGUGCAGCCUAGAGAGGCUAGUUAUUAAGGAGUUUAAGCUGUCUUUAGGAAUUUCGAAGGCUUUGUCAUUUUUGAGGGCUAAUACGGGAAAUGUUUCCUCAUAACUGGAGUUUGUCCUUCUAAAAUAGGAAAUAUUAGGAAAUUUGAAUCAUUUAGAGUCAAUUUUGAGUCCAAAUGGCUGCCGUGACGUCACAAUCUAAGAUGGCGAUCGGCAGCAAGCACCGCACCCUGCAACCCUGGCGCAGGAGGAACUAUUCUACACAACUAUUGGAUAAAUUAUGUUUAUUUUAAUGUUAUUUGUAUAUUUUGUAUAUUGUACAAAUUUUAUUUACAGCUAUGGGUUCGUAAUAUACGGACUCUACUCCUUAGAAGUACACCAUAAGAAAAUAAAGAUUUUAAUAAAAAUAAAUUUUCUAAUCACAAAACUUUUGUUUUUAUUUUAUAUAAACUUUUCGUUCCUAUAUAAAUGAAGAUAGCAUAAAAUGUUUAUCCCACAUGUGAUAUGUUAAUAAAAAUAAUAUAAAUCUGGACUGUAAUGAUAUAUUGGUAGGAAAUUCGGUACAAAAACUACUACAAAAAUAAAUUAAUGAAAAAAUAUCCAAAAUACAGACUUAUGGUGUAGUAUUAAUGAGGUUUAAAAAUAUAUAUAAGAAAAUACAAUAAAAUGAAAAAAAUGUUAUCUGGUUGCUUAAUCUGGACUUAUUAAAUAUUUUACAAUUGUCAACGAAUAAUUAUAGUUUUUUAAAGCAUAUUACGCCUAGUAUACAUACAUAAAACACUUUUCUCCUAUCUUUAAUUGGUAGCUAAGUGUUCAGGCAGGAUUGUGGAUGAAAGAGACGAAUGUUACCGAAGAUGGUUGACAAGGUCCCGAUUUUUUUCCCCUAACCUAACUAAAACUAAGUGUAUUUGGGAGGGGUCCGGGUUAGGGAGGGACCUAGGUGCGUCUCAGGCCGAAGCCUAUACGCCUAGUCAUGCUGGGAUUAGCCAUGCAGGGAGAGGGUCGCCUGCAUCAUGUGCUAGGAGGGGAUUGGCCAGCCAUGGCAACGAUUGGCGCCAUGACUAACUCCCCUCACACAUAAAUCUAGACUGUAACUAGAGAUAGGUUGGGCCCAGGUAAAACCUGCAUAGACACAGGGAAAACCCUGGGCACAUUCAUGCGGGAUGCAAAUUGGCAUGCAUUAUGUGUAGGAAUUUACAGUAGACAGAGGAUGGUCUGGAUGAAGUGUUGGACAGAGUAGAAAAGAGUCUACCAUGCGGGGGUUGGGCACUUGGACUCGUGGUCCGCUUUGCUAUUUGUCCAGUACUGGAUUUAGUGACCAGGGACGCAAGUGCCCCUGGUGGUGUGUGGUUGCACUGACCACUCACUCCGCCGCCAGUCAGCACGAGGUCCCGAUCAUAGUCAACGAGCGGCGGACACGCCCGAACAUGGCCUAAUCUUUCCGAUUGCCAUGUAUCUGGAAUUUCAAUAGUCGCUCUACCAACGGAAUACUAUACCUAUGGAGCGAUGUACUUCAAUCAGUUUUUUGCAGGUCUUAUUACAUGUAUUAUCACUAUAUCAGUAUUUCUACCAAUAUUUUUUGAACUACAAAUUACUUCUACCUACGAGUAUUUAGAACUACGUUUUGACAAAAAUGUUCGCACGAUGGCAUCCUUUCUAUUUGCCUGCAGUCUUAUUCUCUAUCUUCCAAUUGUGAUCUACACACCAGCCUUGGCUUUCAACGAAGUUAGUGGCCUAAGUGUUCAUCUUGUCACCUCUGUAGUCUGUAUUGUGUGCAUGCUGUACACAAUGCUGGGUGGAAUGAAAGCUGUGGUGUGGACAGACUUUUUGCAGUCAUUUGUGACCGUAAGCUCUUGCAUAGCAAUAAUUUGUGUGGGACUCGCCAAGACCGGAGGAUUCAACGUCAUGUGGGACAGAAGCGGAAAAGGAGGAAGGCUUGAAAUUUUUGACUUCAACCCAGAUCCCUUUGAAAGGAAUACUUACUGGACAGUAGUUGUCGGCAGCACUUUCCAUUGGAUGUUCUCACUUGGUAUUAAUCAAGGAAUGGUGCAGAAGUUUAUUGCACUUCCAUCCUUAAAAAAAGCUAGACUGUCAUUGGUGAUUUUCUUCUUCGGAUAUUUGUUAAUGAAGACAUUGGUGCUUCUUAUUGGACUGGUCAUUUAUUCUAAUUACUAUCAAUGUGACCCUGUUACAUCAAAGGUGAUUGACAAAGCUGACCAAAUUGUACCAUUCUUCGCAAUGGAUGCUGCAGCUCAUAUACCAGGACUUCCUGGCCUGUUUGUUGCUGGGAUAUUCAGUGCGUGCUUAAGCACGCUGUCAAGUAAUUUCAACUGUCUGUCAGCCACCAUUUUUGAAGAUUUCAUUUCUCCCUUAAUAAAAGGGAAGAAGUCCUUUGAAUCGAAGAUUCCAUACAUUCUUAAAGGAAUAGUAAUUUUAACAGGAAUGAUCUGCCUUUUAAUGGUGCUUGUAGUUGAGAAAAUGGGAGGAAUUUUUCAGGUUGCUUCAACCCUAGCCGGCAUAACUUCAGGAGCUACACUGGGCAUGUUUUUUCUUGGCAUGUUUAUUCCAUGGGCCAAUUGGAAGGGUUGCCUAGCGGGAAGUAUAACCAGUCUUGUGAUCAUGACAUGGAUAACUACCGGUGCCCAAGUCUACAAGGGUACGGGAAUAGAAAGGUUUCCGUAUGCUCCCAUGUCCACUGAGGGAUGCGAAGAAAUCUUUAACUUCACUGCUCCAGUUACACCAACGCCCACAGCAUUACCUCCAGGAAUGGGAGACGACGCCUUCAUACUUUACAAAAUUUCCUUCAACUACUACUGUCUUGUGGGAGCAACCAUUGUCGUAGUGGUUGGACUAGCCGUCAGCUACUUCACAGGAUUCCAGGACCCGAAGACUGUGGAUGCUCGGUUACUGGUUUGGUUCAUGAAGAAAUACGGCGACUCGCGUAAAGCGGACGUCCAACAUCCCUCAGAAAAGGAAAUGUUGAACAUUACAACGGAGUGUAUUCCAAAUGAUAGUAAAAAUAAUCAUUUGUCUUGAAAAAUUGUUUUAUUAAAUUUUGAUGAAUUUUUUGUAAAUAAAUUUAUUUAUUAAAAAUUUAUUAGACAUU